CAGCGCAGGCGCAAAAGGCUUCAAGAUGGCGGCGGUAGCGGCAGCUCGAGCGGUUACCGUGGGCUCCGGGCUCCGGGGCCUGCCGCCGACGCUGCCCUUGGUCGUGGUUCUUGGGGCCACGGGCACCGGCAAAUCCACUCUGGCGUUGCAGCUGGGCCAGCGGCUCGGCGGCGAGAUCGUCAGCGCUGACUCCAUGCAGGUUUAUGAAGGUCUAGACAUCAUCACCAAUAAGGUUUCAGCCCAAGAGCAGAACCUGUGCCGGCACCACAUGAUCAGCUUUGUGGAUCCUCUUGUGACAAAUUACACAGUGGUGGACUUCAGAAACAAGGCAGCUGCUUUGAUUGAAGAUAUAUUUGCCCGAGACAAAAUUCCUAUUGUCGUGGGAGGAACAAAUUAUUACAUUGAGUCUCUGCUCUGGAAAGUCCUUGUCGACACUAAGCCUCAGGAGAUGGGCACUGAGAAAAUGACUGACCGGAAAGUAGAACUUGAGAAGGAGGAUAGUCAUGUACUCCACAAACGUCUGAGUCAGGUGGAUCCAGAAAUGGCUGCAAAGCUGCACCCCCAUGAUAAGCGCAAAGUAGCCAGGAGCUUGCAAGUAUUUGAAGAAACAGGAAUUUCUCAUAGUGAGUUUCUUCAUCGCCAACAUGCAGAGGAAGGUGGCGGUCCUCUUGGAGGCCCUCUGAAGUUCUCUAACCCUUGCAUCCUCUGGCUUCAUGCUGAUCAGAAAGUUCUAGAUGAGCGCCUGGAUAAAAGGGUGGAUCAGAUGCUUGCUGCUGGGCUUUUGGAUGAACUCAGAGAUUUCCACAGACGCUAUAAUCAGAAGAAAGUUGCAGAAAAUAGCCAGGACUAUCAACAUGGUAUCUUCCAGUCAAUUGGCUUCAAGGAAUUUCACGAGUACCUGAUCACUGAGGGAAAAUGCACACCAGAGACUAGUAACCAGCUCCUAAAGAAAGGCAUUGAGACUCUCAAACAAGUGACCAAGAGAUACGCCAGGAAGCAGAACCAGUGGGUUAAAAACCGGUUUUUGGCCAGACCUGGUCCCAAUGUUCCUCCGGUAUAUGGCUUAGAAGUAUCUGAUGCUUCGAAGUGGGAGGAGUCUGUUCUUGAACCUGCUCUUGAAAUUGUACAGAGUUUUAUCCAGGGCCACAAGCCUGAAGCCACUCCAGUGAAGGUAUCAUAUACUGAAAUAGAGAACAAGAGAAGUCGCCAUGUAUGUGAACUUUGUGAUCGAAUCAUUAUUGGGGACCGAGAGUGGGCAGCGCAUAUAAAGUCCAAAUCUCACUUGCACCAGCAGAAGAAAAGAAGAAAACUGGACUCAGAUGUUAACACCGUAAAAGUGAUUUCCCCGGACUGUAACAAUGAGCAUAUGGAGAAGAGAUCCCCAGGGCUGAAUGAUGAAGAGCUGGACGCCAGUGUUUAAGAGACAAUUUGAGUGGCCUAGGCAGUAUGGCUGGAUCUAGUUCAGGAAGAGAAAGCAAUUCCACUCUGAGUUCAGGGGUGCUGUCCCGACUCCCACCGUUUCUUUCAUGCAGUGGUGUGCUUUGAGAAGUCUCAUGUCCUUUGACUUGGAAAUAACAAGUCUGGUGUUCUCCUUACAAGGCUGACUAAUGUAUCUAAUAAUGAAUUUAAGAAGGGUUUGUGGUUUUGUGUGUGUGUGGGUUUUGUUUUUUAUUUUUACACUUUAAGAUUCUUUGGUUUUCAGUCUCCAGGCCCAUAACCUGGUGGUUCUUGGAACUACUUGAAGCUCUGUGCUCCCACCUCACUCCCAGUGAAUCUCUGGGGCCCAUAUAGUGCCUGGGAUUGAACCUUGGCCUUUUGCAUGCAAAGCAUGCACUCAGCCCCUUGAGCUAUUUCUCUGGCCCAAAAUUCUGUUUUUAAAAUAGCACAUGACAUUUUCUUACAUUGAGGGUCUUUUGGGGGGAUGAAUAACAGGAUUACCAUAGCCCUUAAGAAGGAAGUCUUGGGGCUGGAGCAAUGGCACAGCGGGUAGGGCGUUUGCCUUGCAUGCAGCCAGUCUGGGUUUGAUUCCCAGCAUCCAUAUGGUUCCCUGAGCACCACCAGGGGUAAUUCCUGAGUGCAGAGCCAGGGGUCAUCCCUGUGCAUCGCCGGGUUUGACCCAAAAAGAAAAGAAAAAAAGAAGUCUUGGGGGCCGGAGUGAUAGCACAGUGGAUAGUGGAUUUGCCUUGCACACGGCUGACCCAUGUUCAAUCCCCGGCAUCCCUGUGGUCCCCUGACACUAACAGGAGUAAUUCCUAAGUGCAGAGUCAGGAGUAACCCCUGAGCAUCGUCGGGUGUGACCCAAAA